AUGGAGCACGACUUGUCCAGUACCUUGAAUCAGCUGGUGGAGGUUCAAAAGCAGCAGAAAGCUUCCUACGAAAGCUUGGAGCGCCUGAAUCAACAGCACCGUGAAUGGCAGACAACCAUUGAGCGGCUGCUGCAGAACAUCACGGCAAGCACGGAAGGUAAAAAUUCCUUGGAACUCAUCAAUGAAUCCUUUGGGACGAUUCAGGACGAAAUCACUCAAGCCCCACGGCGGCACGAGUUGAAGAAGGUCCCCUCACUCUUUAACGAGAGGACAUAUGCCAACAACUGGAGCAUUCUACCUUUGAAGAAGUUGGUCUCUGAGGCUUUGAAGGAGAGCUGA